CUUCCAGCGGCUGAGGGCCUCAAUCUGUGCUACGUGGCCAGCACCUACUCCACCUGCUCCGUGGAAGAGAUCGUGGCUGCAGCCCCUGAAGGGCCACGUUGGUUCCAGCUCUACGUGUACCGUGACCGCAAGCUGUCCGAGGGGUUGGUGCAUCGGGCGGAGGCUCUGGGUUUCAAGGCUUUGGUGUUGACCGUGGACGUCCCGUAUACAGGCAAGAGGAGGAGCGACAUACGAAACAACUUUCGUCUCCCGCCGCAUCUCAAGGUCAAAAACUUUGAAGGAGUUUUUGAGAAUCAAUGCGGUCCUGACAACUACGGUGUCCCGGCCAACACCCUGGACCCUUCUAUCAGCUGGAAGGAUAUUUAUUGGCUCCAGAAUCUGACUCGCCUACCAAUCAUCAUCAAGGGAAUACUGACAAAGGAAGACGCGGAGUUGGCGGUAGAGCACGGUGUCCAAGGCAUCAUCGUAUCCAAUCAUGGGGGGCGCCAGCUGGACGGAGAACUCGCCACGAUUGAUGCUCUUUCCGAGAUCGUGGAGGCGGUCCAGGGCCGCAUUGAGGUGUACAUAGAUGGCGGCAUAAGAACAGGAAGUGAUGUCCUGAAGGCCUUGGCCCUGGGGGCAAAGUGUGUGUUCAUUGGACGGCCCAUUGUGUGGGGUCUCGCCUACAAGGUCUGUCUACAAAGAUACCUUUAUUGUCCAAUUAUGAAUUCUUGA